AUAACUCGCCAUGUGAUGCUGUUCCUUUCAGUUUGACAUUUUGACAAAGAAAGAUUUAGCCGAUAAUAGUAGAUGCACUUUGUAUGAAUCUUUUGUCUGCCAACUUUGUACUUUCAUGUACUUUUUAUAGAGGCAGGAACUCUUUAACCACAAGGCAGCUCAGUGUCAUUGAGCUUGUGGGUAGAGGAAACAGAAGUGACACACGUUCACCACAGGCAGCGUCGGCAUACAAGCUCUGCAGGUUUCGACAAAAAGUCUGCAUACGUGUGACACCAUGCAUAUAAACGCUGUGUAUGUUCUUAUAAGUGUUGCAGCUCUGUGCAGCAUGCAUUUGUGUGUGUGUUGCAAACAUGUUCACGUUACUGGGUCAAAGACACUCACCUUGCCAUCGUUUCACUUCCUGUCGUCCUGAAUGACAGCAUGUUAGAAAACCAAACGGUGGUCACGUGACACGACUUCCACUUUCUGUGUUCAGUUUGUGCGGCACGAAUCGUCAUUUUGAAAUUCACUACAGAGGGUUUUCUUUCACAAUCUAGGUGACCAAGCUCUUCCUGUAAAAGUCACACAGGAACUAAAAAGAGGAAGGGGAAGAGAGCGGUCGGAGAGGUGAUGGACACGACAGAUGAGAGCUUUAGUCCAGUCAUCGUCACCAACGGUGCUUACCCGGUACGAUGCAGUGAGGAAGUCCUUCUGCCUUUCUUCACAGAUGAGAGUCUGCAGGACGCCAUGGACUCUCAAACCCCCCCUGCCUCCCACAGCGCCCCCCCGGCUCUCCAAGAGCUCAGACUGGUCCUACUGGGCAGGAAAGGAGCUGGGAAAAGCGCGGCGGGCAACACCAUCCUAGGAAUUGCGGGAGGUUUCGAGAGCGGGAAGCCUACGGAGGAGUGUGUGAAAAGGCGAGCUGAUGUGGCGGGGAGGAAAGUCACAGUGGUGGACACCCCAGGGUGGGAGUGGUAUUACCCGCUGAACAGCACCCCAAACUGGGUGAAGAGAGAGACUUUACGGAGUGUCUCGCUUUGCCCGUCUGGACCCCACGCUGUGCUGCUGGUGGUGCGAUCCUGCGCCUCGGUCACAGAGGACUACAUCAGGGAGAUAGAGGAGCAUCUAGAGCCGCUGGGGAAAGGAGUCUGGGAGCACACCAUGCUGCUCUUCACCAGGGGAGAUGAAUUGGGUUUGGUUUCCAUGGAGCAGCGGAUUUUGACAAGCGGCCCGGCGCUGCAGAAGCUCCUCCAGAAGUGCGGGAACAGGUACCAUGUGGUGGAUAACCGGAGCAAAGGAGAUGGGACUCAGGUGAAAGAGCUGAUAAGGAAGCUGGAGGAGAUGGUGGCGAGGAAGAAGGGUGGAAGCAGUCAUUUAGAGAUGGAUAAUACGGUCCUGGUGGGUCUGGAAGCUGACGGGAAGAGCAGAGCGAGGGAGAGGAGGAAGAAACAGAGGCAGAUGGAGGCGCAGAUGCAGAGAGGGAACAUCAAAGCAGCUCUAAUGAGUGAUGGUGUUCAGGGUUCAGAGCUGGACGCCCACCACUCGUUCUCCAAGGCUCCUCGACGUUUACCCGAGGUCAGGCUGGUCCUCCUGGGCGAGCGUGAAACAGGAAAGAGCUCCGCUGGAAACACCAUCCUGGGAAACACGUCCUUCUUCCAAGGCGGGGCUGUAACAGAGGAGUGCGUCCGUCAGCAAGCGGAGGUGGCCAAGCGGCUGGUGACGGUGGUGGACACUCCUGGUUGGGAGGGAGGCGUAGCGGGGGCCACACCUGAACGAGUGAAGAGGGAGAUUGUCAGUAGUGUGGCCUUUUGUCCUCCAGGGCCUCACGCUCUCCUGCUGACUCUAAGAGUAGAUACACUGGUGAAGGCGGCACAUGUGAAGGAACAUCUAGAGCUUUUAGGCGAGGGUGUAUGGAGACACACAAUACUGCUGUUCACACACGGGGAUCAGCUUCGGGAGGGGGUGGAUAUCGAGCAGCACAUCCAAUCUGGAGGCAGGGACCUCCAGUGGCUCCUGGAGAAGUGCCGGGGCAGGUACCACGUUAUCAGCAGCGUAAAUGGAGGAGGGAAAGGAAAUGGAGACUCCAGUAAAGUGACGGAGCUUCUGCAGAAGGUGGAAAAGAUGGCCGCGAUGAACCGAUGUGAGGCUUUCUCCGGCCUGGUGCAAGACGUCAGGGAUCUGAGCCGGCAGAGAAACGAGAAGUUCAACCAGCGCCUGAAGGAUAUAGGAGAUAAAAUGCUUCGUCAGGAGGAAGAGUUGAAAAAUAUCAGAGAGCGGGAGAUGAAAAGCAUCAGGUGGUUUUUUGACUGGAAGAAAAAGGUGAAAUCGCCCGGAAAGGCCGGCGUUCAGAGGGAAGAGGAGGAGGAAGAGGACAGGAGGAUGGGCGAAAGGAGGAAUGAUAUCAGGGAGCUAGAGGAGAGGAUGCGAUGGCUGACGGAGGAGAAAGAGAAAGAAAUUCAAGAUCUGAGCGAAGAAAAUGAGAGACUCCGGGUAGCACUAAACCAGAGCCAAGGGGAAAGGGACAAGGCCGUGCUCAAAGUGGAGCUAAAGGAAAGCGAGAUUGAGGAGCUGACAGAAAGAAUUGAUGAGCAGCAGCAGAAGAUGCUCGACCUUGAACGUGCCACUGUAGAAAAGGAACAUGAGAGAAAACAGUGGGAAGACGGCAUCAAAGGGAAGAAACAAGAAUGGAUGAAUGAGGUCAAGAAGUUGAGAGAAAACGUAGAGCUUCAGAAGAAAGAGACAGCAGAGUGGAGGGAAAAAGUGAGUUCUUUAAAAGUGGAAAUGGACGAUACUAAAAGACACCAUGAGGAUAUUCUCCAGAGGAAAGAGAGGGAGAUGGCAGAGAUGGAAGAAAGACUUCAACAACAGAUGGAAAUAAGAGACAAAGAGCAGGAAGUACUGAGAAAGAAAGCUUCAGAGGAAAAGCAGAUAACUCUCAAUCAUUUAAAACAAUGUGAGAAAGAAUCAGAACUGAAAGUUGAAGAAAUGAAAUCACAACACGAGAAAGAGAUGGAGAGAAAAGCACAUGAGAAAGAGACUGAGAUGGGAGAAAUAAAACAGCAGCAUCAGGAAGAGAUGGCCAGAACAAUUUGUGAAAUAGAAAAAAUGUCGGAGGCAAUGAAAGUUCAACAUCAAGAAGAAAUUGAUCGGAAGUUGAUGGACAAUGUCGAACAUAUAGAGAGGGUCAAACAACAGCAUGACAAGGAAAUAAAGGAAAUGCAGGAAGAACAGCGUAGUAAGAUUGCCGAGCUGAAAGAGCAGUUCGCAUCAGAAACAGAGGAACAAAUAGAGGCCAAACAGAGAGAGAUAGCAGAGAUGGAGCAAGGGUAUUUUGUCGAAAUUGAAGGACACAUGUUGGAAAACGAAAAAGAGAAGGACAUGAUUCAUCUUAAUUACAAGAAAGACAUGACGACGAUGAUGCAAGAGAAAGACAAAGAGGUAGAAGUGCUCAAACGGCAGCAUGAGGGGGAAAUGGCAAGACAAAUGAAUGAAAUGGAAAAACUAAUGGAGACGACAAGUGCUGAACACAAGGAGGAAAUAGAACGAAAAGUGAGAGAGAAGAAAGAAGAAGUGGAAAGGGUCAAACUAAAAUACAGUGAGAUGGAGCGAGAAAGACAGAGAGAGAUAAGAGAGCUGGAGCAACAGUUUGCGGCCAAAGGAGAACAAAUGGUGCUCGAAAAUGAAAACGAGAAGAAAGCGAUGAAUGAAAAUCAUGAGAAAAACAUUUGGCAAAGAAUGCGAGAGAAAGACGGACUAGUGGACGAGUUGAAACGUCAGCACGUGAAUGAAAUCCAAGAGAAAAUGCAACAAAGUGACCAGGAGAAGAAUGAGAUGGAGCAAAGACUGGAGGGAAAACUAAAGGAGAUGGGGGAUAUCAAACUCAGUGUCAAAGAAAUGACGGACAAGCUGCAACAAAAGGAGGAGAACGAGAAAGAUUAUUUAAGUCACAAGCAAGAAAUGGAGGAAAAACUGGAAGAAGGAAAAAGGGAAACGGAAGUGAUCAAAGAACAUUUAAAAGACCUGGAGCAACAAUGGCAGCAGAAACAAGAGGAACGAGACAAGGAUCAUUUAAAUCACAAGAAACAGAUCCAGCAAAAACUCCAAGAAAAAGAGAAGACGAUAGGAAAGUUGAUUCAGCAUGUGAAGGAUAUUGAAGAAAUCCUGCAGAGGAAAGACGAACAGAGAGGAGAGAUUAUUCUGAGUCAGAAGAAAGAGGCAGAGCAGCGACUGCGAGACAGAGAGCGAGAGAUGGAGGAGAUGAAACUCCAGCUUCUUAAUGACAUGGAGAAACAACUCAAGGAAAAGGAAACUGAAAUUGAAAGUGUUAAACUGCAGGUCGAGUCUACGGAGACGAGAUGGAAGGGAGAGGACGAGAAAACAGAGAACGAAUUGAACCGACUGACAGAAAUCAUCAACAAGAAAACGGCUGAAAUAACACAAGCACAAUGUUUUCUCUCAGAGAGGGGCGAAGAAGUGGAAGAGGCGAAAAUGACAUGUGCCAAGUACUUAAAAGAAAUUGAACGCCAAGCCUCGAGUAUCCUGGAGAUACAGCAGUGCCAUGCCGAGCAGGAGCAGAACAAAGAUGCCGAAAUGAUGGGAAAACUUCAGGAGAAAGAUGAAGAACUGACGCAGAGAGACGGAGCAAACGAGAGAGAGAUCCUCAAACUCAAGUCUCUAAUCGAGCAGACAAAGUCAGAGCUGAAGGAGCUCACCCGCAAGAUGGAGAAGGAGACGACGAGCAUGAUUCAGGGGUAUGAAAAGGAGAUUGCGAGAAGCAACGAUGGCGUGGACACUAUGGCGACGGAGAGAGAUCGCGCUAUACGUCGCUCAGAGGAAGUCGCGGAGAAAUAUGAGGACAGUCGGAGGAGAGUUGAGGAGCUGCAGGAGGAAAACCAGAAGCUGAGGAAAGACACGGACAACCUCAAAAUAAAAUACGAGAAGCUGAAGGAGUGCGAGGAAGAAGUUAGAAAACAUCUCAAAGGAUAUGAAGAGCAGGUGAAGAGCACAGAAGAAGACAUUCUUAAAAAGAGAGAUGUGGAAGUGGAGGGGUUGAAGGAGGCAAACGACAAACUGCAAGUAGAGAACGAAAAAAGGAGAGAGGAGACAGAAAGGCAAACGAAUGAAAUGAGAGACUGUGUCGAGAAAGAAAGAGCGAUGAAAAUGAAGGAUGAGGAAUUCUUGAAAAGAGGAAACGAAGUAGAGGAAAGGGAACAGGCUCUGAGGAGAAGCGAAGAAGAGUUGAGUCAAAGAGGAUAUGACCUCGAUGCGAAAGAGAAAGAGCUUGUUGAAAAAGUGAAAGGGUUGGAAAGUAAGGAAGAAGAAGUGAGUACAGAGGAAGCAAGUGUAGAGGGGAAAGAUAGAUACGAGCAUGAGGUGAACAUGAGGUCGCAAAACAUCGAGACAAAGGAAAGGAAGCUGGACAUCUUGCUCAGAGCUCUGGAGGGGAAACAGAAAGAGCUGAACUGUCACGGUCAUACUCUUCAGGAGAAGGUGAAGGAGCUGAAAGACAAGGAGUGUUACUUAAGACACGAAGAACAGGAAUUGAUCAACUGGAAGUCGGAGUUGCAGGUGCAAAACCAGAGCGUCAACUCCACCACGCAGCAGCUGGAUGAGAUGCGGAGGGACCUGGCUCUGCUGAAGGAAGAACUUCACAGCAAAGAGAGAAAUCUGAAGACGUCACUCAGGAAACUGGGCAAAUGGGAACAGAAUCUCAAAGAACGAGAGGAAGGGUUGCGCAGAGAAGAGAGUGGAGAAUAUGCUGACAUGGAUUGUUUCGAUGGGACAGACGCCGUUGAGAGCUCAGAAGACGACAUGCAUUUAAUGUACAGAGAGGUCAGCGACAGAAGGGAAAAGGGAACAGGAAGGGAGAAGGAAAGGGAGGGUCAGAGGAUAGCAGAGAGUAGUAAUGGUCACCUUGAAAUACUGGAAGAGAUAGAGACAGCUCAGGGAAAGGAAGGGAUGGGAGAUAAAGGAGAAGAGACAAAGGAGAGUAAAGGCAGAGGGGAUCUGGAAAGGGCUAAGGUUGCUCAAGAUGUACAGUUUUUAUCUCCAAGUCAGGGUCACAGAGGCUCAAAAGGCAAAGAUCUGAGGGUGGUGGUGUUAGGAGAGUCCUGGUCGUCUCGUUCCCCAGCUGGCGUCACCAUCCUGUGCGGAGACGAAUCCAAACUUGAUGACUUUGAGACAUUCAGGUCCUGGAGAGGUCAGAUAGCUGGACGCCAAUGUGCCGUCGCAGAGCCGCUCGGUCUGAAAUGGCGAGACGGACCGGAUCCAACGAACACGACGCAAAGGAAAAGCAUCCUGGACAGCGUCUCCUGGGGUCAAACCAAACCUCAAAUCGUCCUCCUGCUCAUCCCGGCCUUCCUCACUUGCACACAGAAGUACAGGAAAGCAGUGGAAGAGCACAUGGGUUUGCUCGGGGAAGACAUUUGGAAGCGCACAAUGGUGUUGUUCACGUGGGGGGAAAUGUUAGGCGAGAGCGCAGAGCAGCUGAUACUGAGGAACGGGGAGCUGAUGAAGCUCGUGGAGAAAUGUGAGGGCAGGUAUCAUGUGCUGAGCAGCAAGAAACGCAACUCUAUGAUAGAGGGGUUGCUGGAGAAGAUGGAGGAUGUGGUGGCUUUGAACAAUGGAGAACUGUGAUGCACAUAUUUCUUGUUUCAUAUUUCAUAUCCUAUAAUUCAUUCAUAGCAUUCUAUUUCCAUGUAAAUGACUGCUUUAUUUUAUUGCUAUUUAACUAUAUUUUGUCCUUAAAGAUUUCUUGUUUUAUAUUUUAUGUCUGCACCAUGAGAUCAAGUCAAAUUCCUCGUAUGUGUGAACCUACCUGGCAAUAAACCUGUUUCUGAUUCAGAUUCAGAUUCAGAUUCUGAGACUGUAUGAAAAUACCAUUUAGUGUUUCAUGUUAUGUGAAUUAUUUUGAAUAAAGUGGUGGAAGAAGAA